AUGAGCAAUACAACAACAACAACAGCAAUGAAUAAGUCUCCUAAAACUAUGAAGCAUGCACGAUACUUGCAUACAGCAUCGCAUUUGAACGAUGGGAGAAUAUUAGUUUUUGAUGGUCUAUUCAUCGAUAAUGCUUAUUUGAACAGUGCUGAAAUCUACAAUCCAGCAACAGGAAUUUGGAAUGAGACAGGUAAUAUGACUCGAGAUUAUACAACAGUUGUAUUAAAAAAUGGAAUUGUACUAGUUAUCCGUGUUGGAAACAGUAUCAUGUCUGACGUACACAAGAAAAUUUUCAUUCAUUGA